ACGAUAACGACGACGGCGAGGCGAUGGAGGCAGGAGGAGAGAUGCGGGUGGCCAUCAUUGGAGCGGGGUCCGCAGGAAUGGUGAUGGCGAAAACACUAAAGGAAAUGGCCAAGUCUGUGCAGCGACCAAUCUCGUAUCGCGUCUUUGAGCGGAGGUCCAAAGUCGGAGGAAUCUGGCAGCUCGACGCAGAUCCAGGGUCAUGCUGGCUCGCGGGAGAAGAUCCGACCAGUGGACGACUCGUUGAGCUUUCCAAGCAAGGCUCGGGUAGACUGAGAGUCGGCUGGAAUGGGAGCGUUCCUCCGGGACCCAUGUUUCAGGGUCUCCGAACCAACAUACCCUCGGACUUGAUGGCCUAUCGCGACGUCCCCUUCAGAGAGGGCACAGACCUUUUCCCGAGCCGCGAGAUCGUCCAAUCGUACUUGGAAGAGUACGGAAAGGACCUGGCAGAUGAAAACGUACAACUCAACACAGAAGUCGUUUCAGUCACAAAAGAGGGCGAAUGCUGGAAGGUCAAAUGUCGAGGGCAGUCAGAAGAAGAAGAAGACAUCUACACCCACGUCGUUGUCGCCUCGGGGCGGUGCAACACGCCUAACAUACCCAAUAUACCCGGUCUCCAGCACUUCAAGGGCAAGAUCAUGCACUCAGCAUGGUACCGCGAUCCUUGUGAAUUUAGAGGAAAGACAGUCCUUGUCGUCGGCAAUGCUUCGUCAGGCAUGGACAUUGCGCGCGAACUUGCCGGCUACAUAACAAGGACUCUUCCCAGUGGCUACACACCCGAGACGUGGCCUGAACAGGUCAAAGGCAAUGGCAAGGUCAACGUCAUCAGCUCGUGGGAAUCGCUCGAAAAGCCCCCACCUAUGGACUUCAACCCGUUGGACCCUUCGUCGCCGGAGUGGUGUCGCAAGGUCCAAGUGCGAGGACGGAUCAAGGCAGUGCACGAAGAUGGAGCCAUUGUCUUUGAAGAGGGCGAGGAUGUGAAGUCGGGUCAGGUCGACGUCAUCGUCUUUGCCACUGGCUUCCUGUUCGACUUUCCCUUUCUGAAGCAGAACCAGGGCGCUUUGUUGAAGGCUCCCAUCCUACCGCACUUUGAAGGAAACGACUCGGGUGGGAGACCCUCGUCGACAAUGUUCAAUCUCGAUGACUGGCUUCUGUUCCACGCGAGAGACAAGACCAUCUGCUUUCUGGGGAUGCCCGUCACCGUCGUUCCCUUUCCCUUGACCGACGCUCAGGCUCGCUACGUGGCCAAUCGCUGGGCAGGCCUUUGCCCGCCACUCCCACAGCUCGACACAACAAUUCCUCCCCCGGAUGCAUCACGAUGGACCUCGAAGUCAGCUACCGCCCCCACCACCACCUCAUCAUCACAGAACCAUGCAGAGGAUGUCCGUCUUGAGCCGGUUCAACACGUCUUCGGCUACCCUUCGGAUGUGGCCUAUGUCGAUGAACUGAUGCGAUUGCUCCCCGGCCCGACUGCUGGUAGAGAAGCGCCGUGGGACAAGGGCAAUGCCGCCGACAGUGGACCUAGAGAGAGAGGACCUGAAAAGGACUACCUCACCACGUCCUGGCGGCGAGACCGACGAGCGAAUGGCAAAACACUCAGAAGAGCCACCCUGGGUUACUGAAUAGAAAGAGAUGCUGUGAUCAUAGAGCUUGCAGAAACCAUUG